UUUACCCUUCCUUCAUCCCCAUUCAUUUCUCUUCCUGCACUCCAAAUAUUCAAGCAAUUAACACAAGGUUUCAGCCCUUCAAGGAUCAAAGAUGAAGAGCAGGAACUGCAAUUUGGAACUAAGCCUUCUUCCCUCCACUGCUUACCGUCACAAAAUGAUGAUGGAGAUGGGAAGAGGAAGCCCACAAGAGCAGCAGCAGCAGCAACAGCAGCAGCUGACCAUUUUCUAUGACGGGAGGGUUUGCGUAUGUGAAGUUACAGAGCUUCAGGCUAGAGCCAUAAUACUGACUGCAAGUAGAGAAGUGGAGACGAAAACCCCAACUGCCUCAGACGUGACCAUGGUCUCGCCAUCUCUGCAAUCCCAGCUGUACAGCCCUACUGGCCUUUCAAUGAAGAGAUCGCUGCGAAGCUUCCUCCAGAAGCGAAAAAAUAGGAUUGAAGCCACCUCCCCAUACGGUCAUUAGUCUCUUCUCAGAUAUUACUAUCCAACGACUUUGAUUCAGUGGAGAGACGACUCAUCUUGUACAAUUUCCUCCCAUUCAAAGCACAUGUAAAUUAUGAACCAGGGUUUCCAAUGGGAAAAUUUGUACCUUCUUAAUUAAAAAUACCCUUUGAUUCCUUAGUCUUUA